AGCAUCUAGAAGCAACAAAGGACCCCAUUCUCUGUUUCUUCCAGCAAGAAGCAGAAUAAAAAGCUGUCAAUCACUGCCUCCUCCAUCUCUGUGAAGAAACAAGCUUCUAACAGGAAUGCCCACCUUGUGCCCUGCAGACAGUGUCAGCCUGACCUCCCAUCAUGCCAGGUGGACCUAGUCUCUCUACACUCUGCCAUUUCCUUCUCCCUUGGGUCUUCCUCUUCCACAAAGCUCUUGGGGACUCAGCAUCCCACCCUGGCCCCCACUACCUUCUGACCCCCAUCCACGAGGUCAUCCACUCUCAUCGUGGAGCCACCGUCACGCUACCCUGCGUCCUGGGCGUCCCACCUCCCAGCUACAAGGUCCGUUGGAGCAAAGUAGAGCCAGGGGAGCUCCGAGAAACUCUUAUCCUCAUCACCAAUGGACUGCACGCCCGGGGUUACGGCCACCUGGGGGGACGCGCCAGGUUGCGGAAGGGGCACCGGCUAGAUGCCUCCCUGAUCAUCGCGGAUGUUCGCCUGGAGGACGAGGGCAGAUACCGCUGUGAGCUCAUUAACGGCAUCGAGGAUGAGAGCGUGGCGCUGACCCUGCGCCUGGAGGGCUGUCCGCCACCCCCAGGUGUGGUGUUCCCGUACCAGCCUAGCCGAGGCCGGUACCAGUUCAAUUACUACGAGGCGAAGCAGGCGUGCGAGGAGCAAGACGGACGCUUGGCCACCUAUGCCCAGCUGUACCAGGCAUGGACCGAGGGUCUGGACUGGUGCAACGCGGGCUGGCUGCUUGAGGGCUCGGUGCGCUACCCAGUGCUGACCGCGCGCGCUCCGUGCGGUGGCCACGGUCGGCCUGGGAUCCGAAGCUACGGGCCCCGAGACCGCAAGCGCGACCGCUACGACGCCUUUUGCUUCACCUCGGCCCUCGCAGGUCAAGUGUUCUUCGUGCCCGGGCAGCUGACUCUGUCUGAAGCGCACGCAGCGUGCCGGCGGCGAGGAGCCACGGUGGCCAAGGUCGGGCACCUCUAUGCGGCCUGGAAGUUCUCGGGGCUGGACCAGUGCGACGGCGGCUGGCUAGCGGACGGCAGCGUGCGCUUCCCUAUCACCACGCCGAGGCCGCGCUGCGGGGGCCUCCCAGACCCCGGAGUGCGUAGCUUCGGGUUCCCCCGGCCCCAGCAGGCCGCCUACGGGACCUACUGCUACUCAGAAUAGGGGCUUACCGCAUCCCUGCAGUGCGCGCCACAAAAUUUGGGAGUCGUGGAGGGGGUCUCCCGGCAGCCCCUCCUGACGCACCUUCCUGCCUAGGGUGACCGGCCGCCGUUCCCAGCAGGCCGGGCUUCGGGAAGGGGAGGUGGCGCCCCUGGGGGCAGGGUGCAGAUACCACCCUCCUGCCAGCGGCCGAAGCCGUGUGGCUGUUCGUGAGCCUCCAGUCGGCCACGCAGCCACUGCUGGGGGCGGGAGGAGUGCCCAGGUGGCAUUACUUGACUUGUGCUCAGCAAUAAAAUAAUUUGGAGGUUUUGUUUGGGUGAAGCUGCAAGCAUGGCCAGGCUUGGGGAGUGAACGAGGAUGACCUUGGACUCAGCUGCAACCGCGCGCUAGAAAGACAGGGUAAGAGGGGCUACUGCAGCUGAGUGAUAAGCCUGAAACAGCUUGGGAAUUGCGAGGAAAUGGCGCCAAAGGAGAACUUUUUGGAGACCGGUGGACUGCCAGACCCAGCGGACUCGCCAGAGCCCGAGAUGUUGUUGGGCCACACACCGCGCGAGGGCGCCACACACUCGCCUAAGAUUACUCUAGCGCAAAUCCGCCAGCCGCGCUCCAAAUCCCCAGGCCUACCCUCGGGCCACCACAGAAGAAAUAUAAGACAGACCUAAACGUACUUCAAAAUGCGUUUGUGUCCUGCCAGUCUCCCCGACGUGUUUCAGGAGCACUGGCAAGUGAUACCGUUUUUGACGAUGCCCAAGCAGGAGGCUGCUGCCCUUAAAACUAACAAGGUCAUGGGAGAGUUGAUGAGGUUGUGCAUUCAGUUUUUUUUUUUUUUAAGACUUAUUUAUUUAUUCAUACAGAACUG